CUGACAUUCUGAGGUUUGAGUCAGCUCAAAUAUAAUUCCGCUUCAGUAAACAGUUCAUGUGAUUGUUCCUACAUUCCAGCAAGUUUUUCUUUCUAUCUACAAUGGAUAAUCCGGAGAAUACUAUAUCCUUGAAGGAUUUUAUUACAUCCUUGUCCAUUUCUUCAUUACCAAGGAUAUUACAGAUCGCCUCUGGGGUCUAUCUGCAGAGUUCAGUGUAUGACAUCAGUGGCUCUGAAUGUUGUUUAUCAACCGGGGAUUUGGUAAAAGUUAUUGGAAGGGAAUUACAGUCUGUUAGUCUUGUAAACGUAAAAACAGGAAAGAGCCACACACUGCCCAAUAACUUUCAAGGUGUGUUUGAAGUCAACGUAUAUAAUUGCGUGUACAGCACUCUUGAGAUGUUACAUGCAGAAUUAUCCAGUGGCGAUGAUAUGUUUCCAUAUUGGUUCACCUCCAUGACUGAUUUCACUGUGGGGAAUCAUGUUAUUCGGCAGCAGCUUCCAAUUCACUUUGUGUCAUUCGACAGACAAACCAGUUGUGCAGAAUGCCAUGUCUAUGAGGAUCCCCAAUCAUACUCCAUCACAAUUCCCUUAUCCACACAAGGACAAUUUUAUGAGAGUGAAAACACAGAGUCAUAUACACUUGAGCAGCUCUUGCUGUCUCCAGCUUUACUAAAACGUGCCUUUAAAUGCAGAACUAUAGGACCUGGAGUUUAUAGGAUCUGUCCAGUAUAUGAAAUUAAAACAGUCAUGAAUAUGAGAAAAGGUUUGGUUAUGAUUCCAUCAAGUCUUGAAGUAGAUGUAAUAGAUAUCACUGACCAUAGUGGAAACAUCACUUUUAUCGAGCCCCUGUCCUUGGAAGAAGUUUGUCAGCAUGAAAGCAAGUUUCCAGUUGUUGCAGAAAUUCUGGAUAUGGCAGAAUCCAACCAUUUGAUGAAAAAUGACAGCUAUUCAGCGCUACACAAAGGGAAAAAAAUUAUUAUCCACAAAAAAAUUAUUUCUAGAAAAGUGCUGGCCAAAGCCUGUAAAGGUAAAACCUUCAGGUUCUUUUUCAUACACAAACAAUACCAAGGAAAGUUUCGCCAAAAACCAAGAGAGUUUUCAACAGUGUAUGAGCUGUGGACCAAAAUGGCCGAAGGAACACAGUUAACUGUUGUGGUGACCAAGGACAGUGAGAGCAGUGACGAUAACUUCCCUGCACUCUGCAUUGGGGAUCAUCUACACACCUUGCAUCAAACCAAAACUAUCUUCUCAAGUCAAAGUGGACCUCAAGAAGUUGAUGUUUUGGUGUGUAAUAAAGGAUCAGCAGAAGAUGAUGACGAUGAUGAACCAGAAAAAAUCAUGCUUCCUUUGUAUAUGGAAGGUCAUUUUGUAGAGGAAAUUAAAGACAACAAAAAAUACAACAUCAAUAGUAUAGUAGAGAAAAUUAAACUCCCUUGUGAGGUGAAGGUUGUAGCAAAAGACACAUCUUUACCCAAUGACCCUUUGACUUCUUUUCCUACUCUCAGGUUGGAAGAGGUAGUUGACGAACCUGUAUUGUUGGUCAGUUUGUUGGACAAUGUCUCGGAAUGCUUUGAGUUGCCCAUUAAAUAUCUAAACAUUUCAGUCGUUUUACAGGAUGAUUCUGUCCCUUCUAUAAGUAGUCUCUUUACUUCAAGUAAGUUGGAAGAAUUAAUGGAAUGGUUUUAUUAUUCCUUGAGAAACUAUCUGCCAACACAACAGCUUCCACCUCCUCGGCCACCUAAAAGACAAGUCAAAACUAAAGAGGAUCAAUCAUGCAAUAAACCGGUAAAGAAUACUCCAGACACCCUUGCUAAACCACCGGUGCCCCAUCGGAAGAACUCUUCAAAAGGGAGUAAAACAGCUGGUGAGAUAUGUCAAUUACUGAGGGGUAAUGAGUACAUACCCAUGCCAAGAAGGAAUACAGUAAAACAAAAAGGCAGCGAUAGUGAUCAUGACUAUGAAGAACUGGACAAAGACAUGAAGAGUCAAUUAAAAAUUGUGACUGAAAUUACCAACUGAAAAAGGAUUUGAGACACACCAAAGCACUUCAAAACCACAGAUAAAAAUGAACCCAUAGUUUAUAAACAGUUUCCAGUGCAGCUUAAGGUGUGAUGGCCUAUUUAUUGCAUAGAAGUAUUUGUUUACACAAAAGAGUUUUCUGCCAUGCAACUUUUCUUUCAUAUGUGUAGCACUACCCCCGUAGGAGCUGCUGGUUUAGAUUUGGGCCUGCCGUUACCUUACUGUUCCAUACGCUCAUUGCAGGGGUUGUCCUUAAAGAGUUGUCCUUAAAGUGGUUGUAAACCCUCGGAGACUACAUUAUUAAAAAAAUUAGCCCAUAACACAGGCAGUUGAUCACUGCCUGUGAAAGUGUACUCACCGCUACAUUUACCUGUAAAAUUUUAUUUUUAUUUUCAAUGACGUCACCGCGCUUGCGCACUUUUGACCCUCAAAACCGGCAUCUAAAGUUUGUCCGGUUUUCAUUUUCAUUGUUUCCGGCACUGAAUCUGAGCGAACUUCCCCUCUGUCCGCACAGAGGAGAAGUCUCGCGUUAUAAUCCUUCUACUGUUUCUGAUACUCCCCCCUCUCCUUGCCAGUGCUUUUGCAUUUGCCACGUAUCUUGGUUGACAUGGUAACGGCAAUUGACAUUGAGGCUUGGUUUCGGCGCUACGGCGCACGCGCGAGAUUUCGAACAGGGACUCCGUAAGGGCGGAAGUAAUGCCAGAUAAGGAUUCACUGAACAGCACAAAGAAUGGCGAUUUCAAUACCCGGAAGUAGGGAGAACAACAACAGGAGAUAAAGGGUAUUUGCGGGCCUCGUUUUUCUAAAUGUUAUAUGUAAUAUGCAUUGCCAUGCCCUUGUGUAACAUAAUAUUUCAAAAAUAGAAAAAAUCGGCCGGGGUUUACAACCGCUUUAAGAAUGUCUGCACCAACACAAAGUCUUUUUCACGGGUUUUAUUAACAAAGUUCUCCAACAGAAAGGUAGAGGGACAGGGAAAGACUCAGGCACUUUCACUUUGCUGAUCACGGGUACCACUUAGAUCCAGAGGAUAAACUCAGCUCCACACUGGAUCGUAGCAGCCACCAGAUAGGCCUACUCUCUC